AUAAGCGCCGUUUCUUUUCAGGAAAGAAAGGACAUGUUGUGUUAGCUUGAACGUUUAAAAUGUUUGAGCAUUUUUAGCUUUUCAGAUGCAAUUUGACGCGGAAUUUUGGAGUAUUUUUACAGGAAAUAUAUGUGCAAUGAUGGAUCAUCACCACAAGAUGCCACAGUUGAAAUAAUAGUGGGAUACUUGAAUAGCUCUUUACCAUGUCUGGAGCAAGUGAUCCAAGAGUGUUGUUGGAUGCAAUGAAUAGUAUGCUGGGAGAAUUUGGGGAUAUUAAGGGACCACAAGAAGUUGUUACAAUUAUUAGUCUGAUGAAAGAUGCGGAAAAAAUGCUGAGUCGUUUUACUUUUCUUAACAUACUAAGAGCAACAAUUGAGAUUGCUGCUGAGAAUAGCGCUGCUCUGGAAACUAUCCACAAGUUUAUCAAAGAUGGUGGUUGUUCAAUAUUAAACAAAUGGCUCCAAGAUGGCAUGGAUUCUAUCAAUAUACCCUUAAUUUUAGAUGUUUUGGAGUUAUUGGAAGCAAUGCCUAUUACAAUCGAAGCUCUUAAACAGGGUAAUAUUGGGAAGCUUGUUAAACAAUUGUCCAAGAGAGAAGAAAUAGAUGUAAAGGAUUUAGCAAGUAGUGUUUUAAAUAAAUGGAUGAUUUUAGUAAAAGGCAAACCUAAAAAGAAAAAAUCAAAUGAACAUAAUGAAGAUUCUGGAGGCAGUCCAGUUUCCAAACGACCAAGAGAAAACUCUGCAAGUAAAGAACCGAAAUUGAGUCAACCUCCAGAAAAGAAAGCGAAAACAUUAGCCGAAGCGAAAAGCAACGUAACAAGCGUGGCUAAACCUCCUCCAAAGGCUAAAGUUAUCCCAGCUUUACCAAAACCAAUCGUAAUGGAAAGUUCAGGAUUCAUGAACGCAUUGAUACAACAGUCAGCAGCACCAGCAAAGAAAAAGAAAAAGAUUGCACCCCCACCAUCACCUAAGCAAACGUCGGCGGGUCCGCUGGAAGAGAUUUUAUUCAACCAAGCACAAACUCACAAACAAGAUGAAGAAAAAGACAAAAAUAGAAAAGAAAAGGAGGGAAAAGACAAGGCUGUUGAGAAAACAACGAACACCAAUAAUGAAAUUGAAAACAUUGAGUCACCAAAGACGACAGAUCUUUCACAAGAUGAUGCAGCAAAAGAAAAGCCUGCCUCUGAUCAACCUGGUGCUGAAGCCAACACAGCCGUCACAGUUUCCAGUGAGAAUGCGUCUUUAGGAGAGCAAACGAAGAGUGACGAUACAAAUGCUGAAUCUCCAGCAACAAAAACAGAGGUCGAACUGAUGGAAACAGAGAAAGUGGAAGAAAAGGAAGUCGAAGGUGACAAAGUGACAACUAGCAAGAAAAAGAAAAGAAACAUCACGUGGGCAACAGAUGAUAAGCUCGUGGAGUAUCACUAUUAUGAGCCUGAUGAUGAGGAAAGAGUUGCUGUUCAACACAUCAUCAACUUCCAUGAUGCUCAACAUCAAGAAGCCAUCCGGGAAAGACAGAGGGUGGAACAAGCAAAGCGAUUAAGCGAAGAUAAGAUGGUGGAAAAAUUACAGUGGUAUAGGCCAAAACCACUUGAUGUUACAGAGUUGAUGGAACAUGGUCAAAAUAGUCUGGAAAAAAUAAGCCAGAAAGAAAGAGAAUCAAGGAUUCUGGCGCAUUUAUUCUUUACCAAAUCAAGUUUACCAAUCAGUCCUGGGGAACCUGAUCCUGAGCCUAAAGUGGCAAGUUCAACGUCAUCACAACCUAUUGUCAUACCCCACGAUGAGAAAGGGACAAUUUAUCCACCGUCGAAAGGAAUUAUAAAUCCUGAACCUGAACCAGAACCAACCCCAGCUGUAGUACCCGCAACCGAUCAGAAUGUAACCUUACCACCAGCACUGGCUGCGCUACUGGCUGGUGCUACUAAAGGUCCGGGAAACUCGGCGCAAAAUGCGAGCGGUUCGGGUAAUGCAUCAUUGUCUAAUGUUGAUGUACAAGCCCUUCUUAAAAAACUCGUGGCAUCGCAAGAGCAAGGAGAACAAGCCCAAAACAUGAACGAAAUGACUGCACCGCGGUUUCCUUCACCGCUAAUGGGCCAAACAUUAAGAGUCCCCGGACGUGUGGGUUUGCUGGGUCCGGAUCCCUCGCGUCAUGGUUUGCCAGACUUUCGAUCUCGAGGCUUACUUCCCACCCCAGGCCCUCCGCUUGACCCUACUCGUUUCCUUGGAAUUCGAGGAAGAUUUCCCCUUCCCGGUGGUCCUCGCAUGCGACAUCCUAUGCCGGGACAGAGAAUGCCUGGACCAAUGGGGCGAGGAGGAAUGCCUAAUCGAUUUCCUUUACCUAACCAAAAUCAAGAUUCGGGCGAAGAAUACUACAGCAGCGAAGGUGAUAUUUCGGAUGGACAAUUUUCAGGGCGUGGGCGUGGUAUGCGUGCUCGUGGUGGGCGUGGUCGACCAACUUGUCGCCAUUUUAAGUCACCGCGAGGAUGUUUGCGUGGCAAUAAUUGUACAUUUUUACAUCCACGAGGACCACUAAAUGGUCCACCCUUAUAGCAGGCUUGUCGCCAGUAUUAUAACGCUGAGGUGUUCUGCGUCACAAGCAGCCCGCCCGCCUGUGGUACAAAUGUUGUUGAGCCCCGAGCGGAUUUUUAACAGGGCACAUCUGAUGUCGUAUACCCUUGGUUAUAUUCCAUCCCCGCUAUCUGGUCGUAUCGUCUGUUCGCAAAUAAUAGUUUUUUUGUUUGCGCGAAGAUAUUCGCACUCUUGCAUAUAAAAACCUAAUGCGCUUAGUGUGAAGACAAAAUUAAAACCAGGCCGACGCUUUGGAUGAAGUUGUUAGGUUAUCCAGCGUCCUAGAAAACAGCUCAAUUCAGAGCAAGUCUGAAUUAGGUGAAGUUGAAGCCAAAUUAAUUUGUCAUAUUCCGCCUAAAUGAAAAUAUUAGUUUUAUAUAUAUUGUACAUAUUAUACCUAGCUAUCAUUCAAUAAUAAUAUGUGGCUUCCGACAUUCAAUAUGACGCCUUAUGACGCUCACAUCCGACAUAAGGCGUCGGCUAUAUUGGAUAUUGUGUGCGGUCAGUACAUGCAACCUGUAAUUGGUGAAGUUACAAACUUCAUACAGAAUUACGAAGUUGUUUAAUAAGUGAGGUUAUGAAAGUUUUUAAUAGACAAUUAAUAUAUAUUAUAUAGAUAGCGCGAUCUUUGAGAACUGGCCAGUUUAAAUAAUUUAUUACGAUUCAGGGCUAUAUCGAAGAAUGUGGAUUUCCCGGUGGAACCUUUCCGCCACAAGUCAAGCACAAAUUUUAAAACCUACGGAGAAGCUUUACUUACUUUAUCCGAGGAAUAAGCAAACGAUCACAAUGCACGCAUUAUGGGAACAUAGAUUGUCAAAAUUUGAAAAUGAAUUGCUAAUUUUUUAAAUUUUGUGGAGAUAUGAUCUAUAUAGGAAGUGGGAAGGUAGUUAGGUCAGAGGAUCAGGAAUGUGAUCAAUUUCUGCCAAACCAAGUUCAUAGGUUGAAUCAAGAUAGAUAUUUUAAAGCAGCAUGUGUUAAUCUUUUAAAGGGUCUUU